UCCCGGCCGUAAAGCGAGAGAGCGGCAGCGAGCGGCGCAGGAUGGAAACCCGCUUCACCCGGACCAAAUCAUCGGCGCUGGAACGGGCGCUGGGCCGGACGCGGGGCGAGGUGACGCUGAGCGCCUUCGCUUUGCUCUUCUCGGAGCUGGUGCAGUACAGUCAGAGCCGGGUGUACUCCGUAGGCGAGCUCCAAACCCGCUUGGCUCACUUGGGCCAUCAAGUAGGGGCUCGAGUCCUCGACGCCUUGGUAGCCCGGGAGAAGAGCGGUCGGCGCGAGACGAAGGUUUUGCACAUCCUCCUCUUCGUCAAAGGGCCUUUAUGGAAAGCUCUUUUUGGGAAAGAAGCCGAUAAAUUGGAACAAGCCAACGACGACGCUCGCACCUAUUACGUCAUCGAGAAGGAACCUUUGGUGAACACCUUCAUCUCGGUGCCCAAGGAGAACAGCACCCUCAACUGCGCCGCCUUCACGGCCGGCCUGCUGGAGGCCGUGUUGGGCGCCAGCGGCUUCCCCGCCAAGGUCACGGCGCACUGGCACAAGGGCACCACGCUCAUGAUCAAGUUCGAGGAGGCCGUGAUCGCGCGGGAGAAGAGCUUGGAGGGGAGGUGAA